AUGGAGGUAGUUGACGUUCUCCCGUUGAUUAAGCUUUUUCUCUGUUUGGUAGGAGCCGUCUGUUUUUGGAGUAUGCUAUUAUGGGGUUUGCGGCUAGCCUUCUUCUGUACGUUGUUGUCUAAAGUGGAUCAAUUGCUACCUUCUUCUGAAUGUUUUUUUGGCGAAAUAAGGCAAUAAACGAGAAGAUAUUAUCCUCGGACUCCAGCGAAUACCAGUCAGAGAUCCUAACCGUCGACGCACAGGAGUCGUACAAUGGUGGAGUACUCAUUCUCGUGACUGGACAUCUUACUGGGAAGGACAACGUCAAGAGAAGUUUCACCCAGACCUUCUUCUUGGCACCACAAGAGAAGGGUUAUUUCGUUCUGAAUGAUAUAUUUAGGUACACUGAUGCAACUCAUCAUCAGCAGCAGGUUAAAAAUGCUUCAACAAUAGCACCUGAGGUGUCCAUGUCGCAUGAGCAUGGUAUUUCGAAUGCCAUUCCUAAUAUGUCGUCCUUACUUCUUUAACCCUACUUUGCAGUAGCUUUAAUGAGAUUUGAUUUUUUUUUUUCCUAUUAUUGUAGAUUUCCUGCAACCUCAAGUGCAGUCAACUCCUGAGCAGAAAACACCAUCUGAGGGAGUGGAAGAGGAAGCUGUGAACGUGAAGGUGGCGGAUAAACCUUCAGACACGAGGGAAGAACCAGUUGCGGUCGAGGAAACCCCAAAAAGCAAGACGGUUGAUAAAGCUCCGCAGGAUUCAGCAACUGUCGUUGAUUCAAGGCCGGCUGGAGUCCAGGGAGAAGCACCAAAGAAGUCUUAUGCUUCAAUUGUAAGAAUUCUAUUUAGGGAUUCUCCAGCAUUAUAUGAGAAGCGACGUCCAUAUGGUGAAUUUUAUGCAUAUUAUCUUGGAAUACAGUGCAGCUUAUAUUAAUAUCCAUAGCAUUUUCUUCUUGUUAGUGUGAAAUCGAAUACUUUUGAAGUGUUACCGUUUAUUAUAGUUGAAUAACGUCUACAUUUAGGUAUGGAUAAAUUUAAAGGAAGAUAGACAGCGCAUGUGCAUGCUAGUUACCCUCCGAACUGAAGCAGAUCAUAAAUUUAGUUUAAUUUCAGUCUGGCGUUCUUUAUCCUCAACUACCAUUGUGCAUGAUUUAGUGCUCGAAUUUAGUCGGAUUGAUGAUGAAAUUUUCAUUUUACUCCUGGUUGUCUUAUUGGACUGUAAUUCAUGCAGGUGAAGGUUUUGAAAGAAAACGCAGUGCCUUCAUCAGCAUUUGCAGCUCCUCCUGCUAGACCUGCUAUCAUCAUACCCCCAGAAAAUCAUUCAUCUGCUGCCCCGACAGGAACAUCUGAAGCACCUGCCUCUGGUUCACAUGCUACUGAAAACACUGAUGUGCGAGAGUCCGAAGGUUUUGCCCCUCUUUUUCGUAUUGCAUCUUUUGAUUUUCGUGCACACAUUUCUUUUAUUGUUUAAUCUUGGUUAUCUAUUGUUCCUUGCAGCAGAUGUGUGCUCAGUAUACAUAAAAAACCUUCCUUUGAAUGCUACACCUGCACAGCUUGAGGAGGAAUUUAAGAGGUUUGGGCCUAUCAAGUCAGGUGGCAUUCAAGUUAGAAGCAACAAGGUCCUAUUUUCAGUUCUCUUUAGUUUCAGUUUUAUUUCACUCCUUUUGAAAAUACGUCAACAAAUUUAUUUUAUUUUAUUUUAUUUUAUUUUUUACAUUUGGGUGCAGCAACAAGGUUUCUGUUUUGGUUUCGUGGAAUUUGAGGUGGCAAGUGCUGUUCAACAAGCAAUAGAGGUAAACAAUUUCACAUGUUUGGAGACAGUAAUCCGUUUCCAACUAACCUUGUCGUAUUUACUUGGUGUCGAAGUUUUUUCAAAUAAUUAUUUUGAAAUAUGUUUCAGUGGCUCUUUUGGAGCAUGUUAAGUUUUCUCUCACUUAUUCCAUUUACCAAUUUUUUUUCUAUUAGUGUGUAUGAGCAUCUAUUUGGUUGUGAAAUUGGAACGAGACUCCACUCUCUUAACCAUGUCUCAUGACAUACACGAUAUAAAUUGGGGUGGAUUGACUGCAAAACUUACUAAUGGAAUAGGAAUCAAGUGCUGGUAAUAAAUUGUUGGGAAUAAUGCCUGUCGGAGGGCUUUGGCUCAACUGCUUAAGUUUAGAGGCGGGAUGAACCCUUUUUCUCUGCAGGGCCCAAUUGCAAGUCACUUCCCCCUUUUUCUUGGCGCCCGCAGGUUCCCAACAUGCAACGUUGCCUUCUAUUGCUUGUAUAGUAAGCGUGGUGAAUAUGCUGGAACCUGUGAUGAUCAUGGAUAAGUGGAAGUAUGUUGAAUUAAAAAGCUUAAGGCUCUUUCAUUAAGGAGGCCUUCAUAGAGGUUGUUUUCAGAGUGUAUGAUAGGAGAGAAUAUAGUGGAAUCAAAUUUACAUCUGUUGAAAAUCAUGUGUCAGUGGCUUUGUUGAGUUUCAACUACUUGCGGUGUACUUCUGUGCAUCGAUUGGUUUAAAAUCAUGUUUAAUGCAUAUCUCAGUAUCUUGGGAGAGAAGGGAACACCAUAUUUAUCUUUAGAAGGCAACUGGGAAUCUGCUGUAAUCAUGUUUUGUCGAAAUCAUUACUACCGAACUUGGGAUACUUGAUGAGAUCGACGACAAUGAAGAAAUUAGCCGACCUGUUAACCAGGUGUUAAUGCAAUUCCACUUCCAUCGGAUCUCUCUGUGCAGUUCAUGCAUAUGAAUUUGGUUCUUUUCAGAUAUCCAUCCAUCUGAGUUUUCUGCUCCAUUGUUAGGGCUUUAAACUGCAAUCACUGCUCUUUUUUAUUUUUUAUUAAAUGGGUCUUGCCAAAAUUGGAAUAAUAAGUUAUCCGGUAUACCCAGAGACGAAUCCGUAUUCCAGAUUCCGUCAAAUGAUUUUGGUAUGGCUUCUGUUUUCAGGCUUCUCCAGUUUUGAUUGGCGGCCGCCAAGCUUACGUUGAGGAAAAACGACCUGCUGGUUCUAGACGUAAGCCGUUUAAACCCCCCCCUUCUUUCUCUCUCCCUCUCCCUCUCCCUCUCCUCUCUCUUUCUUUGAAACGAAUCAAAGAACCUGACUUUGAGCAGGUUGGAAGCACUCAUGAUUUCUUAAUUUGGCAUAAUUUUUACCUAGUUCUCUAACUGCUGACACCUGUGGGGGUUUCAUAUUUUGAUCACCUGCAGCCAGCGGCCGUGGCCGGCAUCUCCCUGGAAGGGGUGGCGGUUUCCGGGGAGACGGCAUGAGGGGCCGUGGCGGUUACUACGGCAACGGGAGAGGCUAUGGCCGGGGAGAUUACAGUGGCAGGCCCGACAUCUCUGCCGGUUGGGGUGGCGGUGGCAGGGGUGGCCGUGGGGACGCCACAUAUCAGAGGGUGGACAGUGCCGCCGGUAGCCACGGCAGCCGAGCAAGCGGCGGCGGCGGCGCCACCGACGGCGGCCUCUCUGUGAAUUCAUCCUUCAAGGAGGUCGCCCCAGGAGUGUCUGCCCCGGCAUGA